AUGGAGGCCAACGACCGUACAAUUGGCAUACGGAGCCACAACACGCGAGAGGCAUACAUCAACAGACUCGUCAAAAAGAUGCUUGCGCCUGACAGUCUUAUCUUCCCAAUGAGACCCGAGGGUAACCCCCAGGAGGAGCAAGAUGAACAAUAUACACGCCGUCGAGUUCUUGGACUACUGACUGCGCAGUCGUAUGUGGUCGCGCAGUUUAUGCAUAAAAUCGACGUAAGCAUACACGGCAUAAGGCCAUAUGAGAAUGGACCACCAGUCGGAGCAUUUGAUCCCGAAACACCACCAAAGAAUUGGCAUGCCUGCGAUAUGCAUGACUCUGAGGAUAUUUCUCGGUUGGAAGGCCGUAGGACUGUGUUGAUUGUGUGGCCCGCUUUUUGGUAUAUACUAUAUGAAAAACGCGACAAAAAUGGGUUAAUAGAGAGGGAAUCUUGUGAGCCGCCCGGCUACUGGGAGGCGAGAGACUGGUGGUAUGUGGAUGAGGAGGGCUAG